UGCGUUACCCACUCCAGUCAGCAGAUGGCGAUGAGCGUCUUUCAGGUGAUGCUUCUAGCGUUACGUAUAAUGGACUGGACGGGACGCUUCUUCAGGAACAACAACACGGAUACACUUUCAACCACCUCGAUAGCUUGCUAGCCAACAUAAAACUGGAAGAUUGUCGCUUUAGACCAUGUUAAUGUACAUUAUGUAAUCUCAGUGUUGUAAACGCAGUUCAGUUGACGUAUUAACUGGUUAACUUGAACCAAAUUUGCAUGUUCAAUUUGCAAGCUUGUUAAAGAUUGUUGCUAAGCCUAGCACUAAGCUAGUCGCUAAUGCUAGCUAGCUAGCUAACAUCCCUGACCAUGAGCUCACUAAACUACUCCUCCCUUGCUAAUGAAGAGGAGGUCUGCUCUAUGGAGAAAGAAGCUCUGGCGAUGAACAUUGUCGUGAAAGAAGAAGAAGAGGAGGAUAUUACUGUGAAAGGAGAGGAAGAACCUUUCAGAAUGAAAAAGGAGGAAGAGGAGGCUGUUAUAGUGAAAGAAGAGAAAGAGCCUUUUAGAGAGGAAGAGGAUGCUGUCUCAAUAAAGUUGAAGAAAGAAGACGUUUUGGGAGUGAAAGAGGAGGAGACAGAAUAUCAGAUUAACACCAUUCACACAGGAGAGAGACAUGACUAUUGUGGAUCCUCUGGGGAGCCUGAACAAUAUCCUGAUGCUGACGAGACAGAGAAGAGUCUCUCCAGAUCAGAACACCAGAUGGACAACGCUAGCCCUUCCUCCCUCCCUGAGUCCCUGUAUUGUGCCUCUCCCGGUAGCUCCUUACUGCUGGGUAGGAAGAGGUUGUCUGUGCUGCUGGUGGACUGCAGGAAAACAACGGGGCUGAGUGGAACUGUGAGAGGAGGAGCAGAGAAGAACAGAUUAGAUUUCACACAUCAAAGAGAGAGACAUGACUAUUGUGGAUCCUCUGGGGAGCCUGAACAACAUCCUGAUGCUGACGAGGCAGAGAAGAGUCUCUCCAGAUCAGAACACCAGAUGGACAACGCUAGCCCUUCCUCCCUCCCUGAGUUCCUGUAUUGUGCCUCUCCCGGUAGCUCCUUACUGCUGGGUAUGAAGAGGUUGUCUGGGCUGCUGGUGGACUGCAGGAAAACAACAGGGCUGAGUGGAACUGUGAGAGGAGGAGCAGAGAAGAACGGAUUAGAUUUCACACAUCAAAGAGGAAAACCAAACUUGGAGGAACCAGAGACGUCCAAAACAGCAAGACGACACCUCUGCUCCCAGAUUGGAAAGAGUUUUACCAAGUUAGGAAGCCUGAAAAGACAUGAGAGGGGACACACAGAACCGAAGCCACAAAAUUGCGCCCAGUGUGGAAAGAGUUUUAGCCACUUAGGAAAUCUGAAAGCUCAUGAGCGAACACACACACGGGAGAGGCCUUUCCAUUGCUCCCAGUGUGGAAAGAAUUUUAAGCGGUUAGACACUCUCAAAACCCACGAGCAAAUACACACAGGGGAGAAGCCAUACCAUUGUGCCCAGUGUGGAAAUAGUUUUAGCCAGUCAGGAAGCCUGAAAGUUCAUGAGCGAAUACAUACAGGUGAGAAGUCAUACCUUUGCGCCCAGUGUGGGCAUCACAUCACAUUGUCCGUUGUCUUAUAUUGUUGACUGAGAAUGUGUUUACUUGUUUAUACCAUGUGAAAUUAAAUGGUACAAAGUCUACUACA